AUGAAUAACCCAAACAAUAACGCAGGAAAUGGAGCGACAGGAGCAAAUAACGGAAAUCCCCCUGGCCCACAGCCCAAUUAUGCUCUUCGGAGAGCAUUUUUUAAUGCUUUGGGAAAUAGAAAUUUCAUUAGAUCCGUUGAACUAUUACCAACCGAUGAAGCAACUGACGCAUCCUUAAUUGAAGAAAUACAAAAACUAUCAAGUCACGCCGAACUUUUUGAAUUUAUCGAAAUUUCAUUUCAGCUACUUCGAACUGCGAGUUGUAUUCUAGUUUUUCGGACAAAUAAUUUCGAUUUUAAUGAGUUGGAGCCUCCAAUUCUAUGGAACGAUAAUUACCUCGUUAUUACCUUAAACAUUGAUCCAAAACAUUGUAGCGUCGCUGCCUAUCUUUAUGCAUUAUACCGCAGGUCCCGCUUCGAAGUAAUAGCAGUUAACCAUCCAGCAGGUCUGGUUAUCAUUCACGAGGUCGGACAUGUCAAUGAUGCCGCUACUAACGUAGACAAAUUGAUGAAAGACGUCGAUCCUAGCAAACAUGAUCAUGAUAGAGUUCUCGCUCAGAACUUUGCGGCAUACAAUCAAGCGAAUUUCGAUGCAAGAGUUUCCCCUUUUACAGAUUUUAUCAGGUCAAAAGUCAUUAAAGCUAUUCCAGAGUUGGAACCAAAACUCAGCCAGAACCCAAGAAUAUUAGCCGAAUACUAUUUUGGAGAUUUGGCAAAAGAUUUACAUGAUUACAUCACUUCUAGCAUCAACCUUAGUGCAACAGAAUCAGGUUUAUUGCUAGACAGCAUCCAUGUUCUUAUUAAUAAAAGGAACAUUACGAAAUUCAGACAAAGAUUGAACCGUAUUUCAUCAUUUUGGCUUAAAUUGAAAUUACGGAAGGUCGAAAAUGUUAUUAUCAUUCUUGAAUGUAACUAUUUAAUACUCAAAGGAUGGAAUACAUCAAAUCACGACGAUUUAUUAAACGAAUUGCCAAAGGCUAUCACGUUGCCAGAUGGCAGCGUUCGUAUCUACAGUGAAGGUGGAUUCCUCAGGGCCUAUUUUAAAUACUAUCCUGAUGAACUUAGAUGCCUUCAGUUUAUGUCUCUGCCUAAAUUUAAUUACCAAGUUGAGCCCUUUUCCUCGGACGACCAGAAAGCAAGCAGCAAGGCUUUGUUGUCACAGGUUAUGAAGACUUAUCGUAUUAUAAUUCGCUUAAACCAUCAAUCAGCCAUGCAAACAGGAAUCGAUUUUAAUUUAGAGGCUGACCCAAAUAUUUCUCCGGAAUUCACAGAAGCCUUGUGGACCUACUACGAGAGAUUUCUCUACUUCACUGCGGUGAAAUUUCCUUGA